CUCCCUCCCUCUCUCUCUCUCUCUCUCUCUCUCUGUGCAAAUAAAUAAACGUAGCCUGUCUUUUCCAGGCAUGGAUGACGGUUGCACAUAGACACGAUGGCACUGCGACAUUACACCCUCGACUUCAACCUCUCUGCGGCAGUUGACUCUGCUUCAACAGUUCCUGGACUUCUGUCCAUAUUUCAUGAGCAGGAAAUGACAGAAACUGUCCAUGAUACAAAUGGACAUGGAUACCUUGCAACUUUUGUAGGCAAGAAUGGCCGGCUUGUGGUUCUGCGUGUGCACGCCCAUGGACUGAUCACCAUUGAUCUGCAGUGUUAUGAAGAGGACAACAUUGCACAACUAGACAAUCUUUUAAAUGCACUGGAAGAGAAACUGAAAGUUCUCUUAAAUGACAAUAUAACAAGAAUUAAAAGGCUCCCGGCCCUCGUACGUGGAGCCAAAGUCGACAGAUACUGGCCGACGGUGGACGGCAGACUGCUGGAGUAUGACUUUGACCAGGUGGUGUACGAAGAGGAUUCUCCAUACCAAAACAUCAAAAUAUUUCAUUCAAAAGAGUUUGGAAAUACACUAUUACUGGACGGAGAUGUUAAUCUGUCAGAGAGUGAUUUGUCUUACACUCAGGCCAUCAUGGGUGGUGGAAAAGAGAAUUAUGCUGGAAAAGAGGUGCUGAUAUUAGGAGGAGGUGAUGGAGGCAUCCUCGCAGAGCUGGUCAAACUAAAGCCAAAGAUGGUCACCAUGGUGGAAAUUGACCAGAAAGUGAUUGAUGGAUGCAGAACACACAUGAGGAAAACCUGUGGAAAUAUCCUCGAUAACCUGAAGGGAGACUGUUACCAAAUACUAAUCGAGGACUGUGUCCCUGUGCUGAGGAAGUACGUCAUGGAGGGACGCAUGUUUGAUUAUGUCAUUAAUGAUCUUACCGCAGUUCCAAUAUCGACGGAGCCAGAAGAAGACUCCACGUGGGAGUUCCUGCGUCUCAUCUUAGACCUGUCAAUCAAAGUCCUGCAUCCUUCUGGGAAAUAUUUCACUCAGGGUAACGGCUUCAGUCAGUCUGAGUCACUGAGUCUGUAUGAAGAACAGUUGGGAAAGCUGUCGUGUCUGGUGGAUUUCUCCAAAGAGGUGGUGUGUGUGCCCUCCUACUUAGAACUAUGGGUUUUUUACACCGUGUGGAAGAAGUAGAGCUGCUGUUUUCUCUGCAGUUGGAAUGUGAUGCUGAACUUGUUCUUCUUCUUCUUCUUCUUCUUCUUCUGCUGUAGCCUUAAGGCCGUGUGCUUAGACUGAAUGUGACUUCAUUGCUUGGGCCUAAAAUGUUGCAAGGACAGAUUCUAGUGAGACAAACAAAAUUCCUGUGAUGUCACACGAGCAUGUUUUUAGUCUUAGUAGCUCAAACUUAGCCUCACAUUUAAUCCCUUAAUUUUGGCCAUUUGUCCACAGUUGUCCAGUCAAUUCCUGGACAUGAGUGUGAAAAGUUUAGAAGACGUGUUGCUGGAGUUUUAGAGAGGAAUCUGUAUCACACAUGUCUUUUACUGCGUUCAUGUACAUUAUUGAAUCUCUGCGGAGUGAAAACAUGAACUUUUUUCUUUUUAUGUUCUCUGCAGUUUUGAGUAGAAAUGAGACUUUUCUCCUUCUCGUCUUGGGUCACUUGAGGGGAUUUGACCAACGUGAGCUGCAUCUGUUCAACUCUAACCAUUACCUUAAUGUCACUUUGACCACUGACACAAAUAUCUGAUCCUAAUCCUAAUCCUCAGUGAGUCAGUGAGAUCACUCCUUACAGACACAUGAUGUCACAAAAUCCAAAAUCUAAACAACUCCAUUUUGACAGGAAGUUACGCUCUUCAAAUCAAAGAGGUUUCAACCAGACAGCAUAUCUACAAGGCCACGCCUCUCUUAAGUGGCUGCAUUCAUAGAAAAAUGACAAAACAAAGCAGUCCAGGACCAGGAAAGAGGGAGGUCCUUUAGAGAUGGAUCACUGCUGUGCAGAGAACACCACCAGGCUUCAUAAACUUUCAUUCUUCUUUCAUUGACUUAGUUUUACUGCAAUGGCAAAGCGUUCCCCCGGGUGAGGGAAACAUUAUCACUAAGAUGUAGAAGCUGUGUUACUUCUGGUCUGGUCUGGUCUGUGUGUAAAGCACCAGGGGCAUUAUAAGGGUCAGAUAUUUGCAGUUGUGCGAUGUUUUGCUCAGUCCAUGUAAACAGCUGUGACUCUGUCAUCUCCACUUACAUACUUUACUGAGCGACGGUCGCUCAACACUUCAGUCGUCACGUUGGUCAAUCAAGUCAAUUUGUUUUCCAUUCAGUCUGAACACGAGCUAUCGACGCCAUUCUUCCCCAGUCUUUUACCGUUGUUUACUACAAUUCCAUUUGAAUUGUAUUUCUGUUGUUACUUGGUUUUGGAAUGUCCUUUUGCAUGUAUGUUUGAGUAACUGUUGAAUGUUUAAACACUGAUUUGAUACACUGAUGAUGUGUAAGUCAACUUACAAGUGGGUUCUCUCUGGUUUUCUCUUUGUUUUGGGAUUUAUUUUUUAAAUUUGUUUGAGUUUUAAGUUCAAAUGUUUGUGUUUGGCCGAUUGAGACACUCGGAUGCUUUUACACUCAGCUUUUGUUACUGUUGCUCUAAUGUGAUUUGAUUCUUUCAGGUUGUAUCAAAGGCAACAUGAUACUGAUUUCUUGAAGUCCAAAUGUGUUUUAAAAGGGAAACUGUUUGAUCAUCUGUGCAUGUGCUGUUUUUAUGUCAUGUUUUAGUAGCACCUUGGUUUCUCCUGAUGUAUUUAAACUUUUUCUAAGACUGUAUUGGGUGCAUGUAAAGGACGGUGAAUGUAGCUUGCAAAUACAGUACAAACCAACUCUGUGGGACUCAGUUACAUUUAAUUUAUUCCAUAUAAUUUCACCAAAUGCUGUUCUGUCCCACAUGAGAGAUGUUUUGUGGUCAUCAACAAUAAAAAUGUUUUGGGGGGAAAACA